UAGUAGAGCACUCAGUGAUCGCCUCUUUACUGGUAAUUAUAUACAGACGGUUUUGUUCUGCUGAAACCUAUAUUUGAUCAAAUAUUAAUGUUUCGUUGUUAGUAUUAUGCUUAGAAUUAAAAUUUAAUUACCAAAAUCGUAUAUUUCCCAUGAAAACCAUUAUCAGGCAUAUACCGGGCAGCUAUGACCACAUAACUAGUAGUCAGCUGUACACGGAAGAAUAAACGGAGUUGUUUACUGUAAGUGCAGAAGUUAUAUGUAUAACGAUGCCAGGAUCCCAAGGAGUCGUCGCUUUGUGCGAAAAUCCCAUCGAGGUGUUUUUGGACGUUUCUAAAUUGCUUAUAACGUAUGCGGAUAAUAUUCUUGGGAACCCAAAUGAGGACAAAUACAGAUCAAUCCGCAUUGGGAACCCAACAUUCUCCACCAAGCUUCUGCCAGUCAAAGGAGCAGUUGAAUGCCUCUUUGAGAUGGGAUUUGAGGAGGCUGAAACCCACCUGCUGUUUCCAAAGUCAGCGUCUGUGGAUAAGCUUAGACAGGUGAGAGAGACCAUUGCAGCUGAGAGAGACCAGAGAAUCGGAGGGACCAAAGCUACAUCCAACCCACAAAGAGUCACUCCAAGUCCUGCCCCACCACCAUCCUCCGUCACUUCUGCCCCACCACCACCACCCUAUGCUGCUUCUGCUAGCCCAGCAUUCUCUGCUCCUGUCCCUACACCUGCACCAGCAGCUUUACCAUUCACUGCAAGCAGUGUGACAUUCCUCCGAACUCUGCAAUCAAACUUCCAACAUGUGAUGGUGUAUGAGAGCCCUGAAUUGCAGCAGAAAGCCCUGAGUUGCAUACCUCAUGUACUGCUCAGAUCCAAUGCUAAAGAACGGCUGAUACAAGCCAAAGAUGCAGAUCCUGCAUGUGAUUUAAAAGAAGAGGACAUGUUGCUUCUAGACCUGUUGCAGUGGUUUAAAGGGGACUUCUUUUCCUGGGUGGACAGUCUGCCGUGUAGCCAGUGUGGAGGUAAAACCCAGCCUUCUGGUUCCUUACCCCCUUCAAACGAUGAUCUGCGCUGGGAUGCAGGCCGUGUAGAGAACCACUACUGUCAGACCUGUCAACUCUCCACUAGAUUCCCACGAUACAAUCACCCAGAGAAGCUCCUUGAGACCAGGAGGGGGCGCUGUGGGGAAUGGGCUAAUUGUUUUACACUGUGCUGCCGAGCUUUAGGCCUAGAAGCAAGGUACAUCUGGGACAGCACAGAUCACGUCUGGACAGAAGUGUAUUCUCAGUCUCAGCGACGCUGGUUACACUGCGACCCCUGUGAAAAUACAUGCGAUAAACCUCUCCUGUAUGAAGUCGGCUGGGGGAAAAAACUCUCCUACAUCCUGGCAUUCUCUAAAGACCAGGUUGUAGAUGUGUCUUGGAGGUACUCCUGUAAACACUCGGAGGUCCUUUCCAGACGCACGCAGGUUUCCGAAACAUGGUUGCUGCGCACUCUUAAUAACCUUAAUGCUUCGAGGCAGCAGUCUUUAGGACCAGAGAGGAAGAAACAGCUGUUAGAAAGGCUGCUGGUGGAACUAGUAGAGUUCAUUUCUCCCAAGACACCUAAAUCUGGAGAGCUGGGCGGUCGCAUCACAGGAUCUUUGGCGUGGAGGGCUGCUCGGGGGGAGACGGGUGCAAGCAAAACUAAAGCGGAUGCAGAUGAAUGUGUCUUCAUUCCUUUAGAAUUGGAGAAGGAAAAAAUGUUGUUCCACAUUAGUUACAAUGUGGCCAAAGACUGUUACUUUAGACUGAGCAAUGGCUCCGAGACCAUCCCAGGAUGGCACAGGGGACUUUGGAGGAAAGAAAAUGUGUUCAGGAAAGAGGAACAUGAUUGGCAGAUGGUGUAUCUGACACGAACAGAAGGAUCCUCUGUUGGGAAGAUUAGCUGGAAGUUUGACUGUGCUUCUGUAGGAAUGAAGAUCAAAACCGUGUCUGUCCGAGCCUUCAGUCAAACCUAUCAUUCAGGCAGCGUGUGCUGGAGUUUACGCUCUGCACAGACCACCGUUGAAUUCCCUGGAGAUGGUGAAAUUCACUCAGCAGCGAGUCUGUCUGGAGGUACAGAGCUGGUUGUGGAGGCGGAGCUCACGGGAGGGGAAGGAGAUGUGUCGUGGCAACACGCUCAGCUGUUCAGACAGAGUCUGAAGGAAACCGAGAAGGUUUUGUUUGAGGUUUUGAUUGAAAUGGAGCAGUCUUGAUGAAACCAUUCAAGAGAAUUUUAGGGUAUUCGUUUAAUAAACACAAGAACGGAAUCGGACACUUGCGUACUUUCUUUGAACCCCUGCAUGUGAUAGUUCACCCAAAAAUGAAAAUUGUGUCAUUAUUUACUCACCCGGAAUUGUUCAAAAUCUGUAUACAUUUCUUUGUUCUGAUGAACACAGAGAAAGAUAUUUGGAUGAUGACACAAUUUUUAUUUUGGGGGAAACUAUCCUUUUUAAUUUGUGGUGUUCUACAACAUGUGAUUUUAGAUGUGAUCAGGUUUUGAAAUAUAUAUGCAUAUUUCAUAAUGUAGAAAUCUGAACUCUUCUGAAAUCUGUUCUUUUAGAGCAAUUAUUUCAAAUUCUAUGUAACACUUACUGUACAUAUUAAAGACAAUUUUAUAUCAUUCUUUUUAGUCCAUAACUACAUGGAUAUGAACAUAUAGCCAUACAUUAGUUGUGCCUAAAUGAUUUGCUUAGUGCUAUGGGUUACCGUGUCAAUUUAAUUCUGUAUUGUUAAGAUGAAGGUAUUGGAAGGUAUUGUGCUACAUGGUGAUACAUUACAUUAAACCAGAUGUUAAGACAAUUUUAAA